AUGGCGUUAACGAUAGCUUUGCCUCUGUCUGGUCUAGAGCCUGAAAAUUUCGCUGCUUUGGGAACAAGAAUUUUAUACGAACGAGGUUUAAGAAGUUUGGCUGGAUGCUCACCAAUAUCACCGAGUAGCGAAUCAAGCGGAAUCUCCAGUUUUGUACCUUCUAUCGAAUCAUCGACGCCGCAAUUAUCUCCAAACUCUUCCAGGCCAAAUUCACCAGGAGAGGAACCGAUCGAGCAAAAAGAAGAGGUAUGGGCACCACCAUUACGAGUUUAUUAUAGAGAACGAGAUAUAUUAAAUUUGGGUGCGAACGUCAGAGAACCGUUCUGGCAAAUGAGAAUCCCAACGAUGCCACGUUAUGAUUACAGAAGUUUCAUGGAGAAUAGAUCGGUUUACUAUCGUUUAGGAGAAUUCGGAUUAACGGAAGAAUAUCCAACG